AUGGCAAUUGCCAUCAAGCAGAACUUGCCUGUCAGCGUGAUGCAGUUGUUGUCUGGUGAUGCUUGGAAAGGGGGACCUCUUAUCCAACUUGAGGACACCGUGACAUCGGCACGUGCAGAUGACGUGAUCCUCAACCAUUGUUGGGUUGGGCCAGUGGUGCGAAAAUUCAGGGAUCGGGUGCCUUCCCAAUUCUUUCUCACUGAUGUUUUCAUUUGUCUUCACAAGAUCUUCAUGAACAAGCUCUUGAUACCUUUGGAGGAAGGGGAUGAUGUGCAGAGUUUGGCAUGCAAUGAGGGGAAGAAAAUCAAGUGUUUGAUCAGUGGGUUGCGCGCUCUAUGGCGCAGCAGUAUUUCGGUUCAAUCUUUAUGUAAGGAAGCUGGAAGCCAUCCGCGAAUCACUGAGCUGAAAUCACUGCUCAUGCCGUCUCCAACAAGGUCUAAGGCAAAGUCAGAGUCCAGUGCAGAAUCGUCUGAUGAAGAGCGCGCUGAUGAGGGCCCAAACCUGGGUGAUCAGGGCAGUGAGGAGUCUGAGUCAGGGGAAGAAUCUGCACCGAAUGCUGACCCCGAAGUUGAAGCCGAGUCAUCGAAUCAUGGGGGUGACAGUGACAGUGAAGCUACUUUGGAACUUCCGGGGAAUGGCAUGGAAAACCAAGUGGAUGUGGAUGUUUCAUGCAGUCCGUCAGGUGAAUCCAUGGAGAAUUUGACCGAAGCCGACAGCGAUUCAGGGGCGGUGUCAGUAAAAUCUACCCCAACAAAGACACCCCAAUGGAGGGAAGAACUGUUCACGACUCCCCAGUUUGGAAACAGUGGACCACCCAAGCCAGAGAUCAUCGAGAUGUGCAUUGGUUUGAUGCAGUUCUUCGGGUCCAACCAUCCGGAUAUCGCCAAGCAUCCCAAGCUGAUUAACUACAUGGACCAUUGUGAAUGGAGCUAUGCCCGAUUUGGUAUGAGAGCCAGCAGCUGGCUGUCGACCGUGGAUUACUGGGAUAGCUGGUUGAAACGGUGCUCUGAGCUUGGCAACAAGGUGCUUACUCCUGAACAACAUCGAUAUGUUUCGGAGGGAUCUCCUGAAGCUAUGGAGGCUGAAGAAGAAGAGUGCCGCAAGCUCAAGCGCGAGGCAGCUAUGGACGAUGGCUUGCAGAAACUUAUGCGGAAGGAUGCUUUUGUGGAGGAUCCUGAUGUCUACAAGGGCAAGGCUGACACCAAGCAUUCACCACCUAUCCCAGCCCCACCGAAGUCUACCAGAAAGGUGGCAAAGGUCUUGGAGUCAGAGUUUGCCCCCAAAGCAGUUGGUAUCCAAACGGCGAAGGGAAAGAAGCGAGCCCGGGAAUCCCGGGAACCAACUGGUGGGAGCAAAAGCCCUACUGCCAAGAAGAGUUCCAAGAAAGGGUCCCCACCAAAGUCAGGGGAUGAAGAGAUGCCAUCGAAUUCUUUCAAGGGAUACGAUUUGAGUGAGGUUCCAACUCAAGCUUGGCCACAGCCGGGCAUCAACAAAGGGGCUCAUGGAUACACAAUCAAAGCGAAGAACGGUGCCGUGGAGGUCUUGCUCAGGGCACGUGCUUUCGUGAUCAAGCGUGUUGCAAGUGAAGAUGGUGCCAGUGAGUCCUUCUUCUUCUUGCGCCCAUGCUUCCCGAGCCCGAAUGCCUUUCAAAGCAGCGGCAAAGGAAAGGAAACCCACAACAUGGAAGCAGAGACAGCGCGCUUAUGUCUUUGCGGGAUUGCGGGCUAUGGGCGGCUCACAUGGAGCAAACCUUCCGAUCAUCUUGAGCUGUUUGCUGGUGUGUGCUCAAUCACCAGAGGAGAGCUUCAGGAGCAAGACAUCAUGUCAGAUGUUGGUUUCGCCAAUAUGGUGUAUCAAGUGUUGAACCUGAAGCCAGGUGCUGCCAUGUGGGCAGUCACGGGGCAGCACAUUGAGGACAGCGCUGGAUCCGAUGGGUUUGGAACCGCAGUCGCAAAGGUGCGAUCCAGGCACUUGAAGCGCAACAAGCUCCGAGCUGCAAAGUUCCUGCGCCAAGCGCUCAAAACGGCCAAUUCGGCCAACAGCAAGCAUUUUGCUCUCAGUGGGCUGGAGGGGUUUGGGCCCAUGGCUAAGUCCAGCAGCAGCAACCCUAAAAAGAAGUCUUCAGUGCGCCAGUCUGCAUUGAAGAAACCUGCCAACACUAGUGUGGCAAAGUGCAUGCUGGGCACCACCAAGAAAGACAAGACAGGGAAAGCAAAGGAGUCCAGGAUUAAGGAGGAAGUGUUGAAACUAGCAAGGGAAGCAAAGAAAGAAGAGGAUCGUAAAAAGAAAGGCGCAGGAUCUACCACCGGAAGCAAGGAGAAGAACAAAGAGAAGAAGACAAAGAGUGAGAAGGCCAAAAAAGCCGACCAGAAGGAGAAGCCAGCUGUGGCGACUGAUGGCAAGAAGGAGAAGAAGCAGAAGGAUGCAGACCAGAAAGUGCAGAAGGAAAAUGAGGAGGAUAAUGGGAAGCCAAAGACUGAGAAGACCAAAGAUGAAAAGACAAAGAAGAGCCAAGAAAAGAAGAGUGAAGCCAAGAGUGAGAAGAAGGAGGCUCAGAAGAAGGAGAGUCAGAAGAAGGAGAAUGAGAAGAACGAAAGUGAGAAGAAUGAGAGAAAGGCAGAGAAGGAAAGAUUGAAAAAGGCGAAGGAACUUGAGAAGCAGCUGGAUGCUGCAGCAGGCCUCAAGACACCACCAGCGAAGCGUCUUCGAAUGAAGUCUCCAGCAGCAAGCACUGUCAGCACCACAGCCAGCUCUGAUCAGUACAAGUGCACAAUGUCCAACAAGGAGAAGGCAGAAGCUCACUUAGCAAAAAGGCAAAAGGAGCUAGAAGGAUCAGCAGCAGCAGCAGCGUUGAGAGCUGAGAUGGACAGCGCAGGCAUGGUAGACCUACUGGACUCACUCAAAACCAGCCAAAAUGAGGCACCAGUUUCGGAAGCUCUCCAGAGAAGCCACCUCAAGGAGGUCGAGGCCAAAACGCAUGAUCCUGAAUUACAAGAAACCUUGGCAGAUGAGUUGGAGGAAGAUGAAGAGCAAGGCGAAGAAGAGGAAAAGACCGAUGAUGAUGAAAUGCAAGGGCAAGAUGAGCAGGUUUCUGAUGAGGAGAAGGAAGAUGAGAAGGAAGAAGAGAAGGAAGAAGAGAAGGACAGCUCUGAUGAAGGAGAGUCGGAGGAGCAGGCUUCGGAAGAUUCGGCAGAAGAGAGCCAAGAGGGCACAGAGAAGGACACAGAUGAUGAGCCGAGCGAAUCAGAAGAUAGCAGUGAAGAGACCGAGGCUGAGGACAACGGUGAGGAGAACGGAAAGGCUGCAAAGUUGACUGACGCAGUGGUCAACACCAAGCGCAACAGCAAGACCAACAAGCGAGAAUGGGACAAGUUUGACCGGCAGACCCGUUCUGCCGUUAAGUUCCCUGCAUCGUUGAAGCCGAUGCUGGUGCGACGCAAGCAGGAUUUGUUUGCCCUUUGGUUGGACAACCAGAUGGAUUGGGACCGUGUCAAGUGUGAAGUAGAACGGGAGCAAGCCACCUUGAACCUUUCCCGAAAAGAAUGGACAGCCGUACAGGCAAAGGACUUGCAGAAGCAGUACUCACAAGAGCGGUACGAUGACAUCAUACAGAAACGAACGGAAGCCGGACUCUACUAUGUGGACGAUGACUAUCCCAAUGAGACCUGGUAUUACAUGCCCAAGGGAAAUACUUUGAGAAAGGAUGACACCACCAAAGAAGCCCUGCGAAUCAAAGGUGAGAAAAGCUUGGACCGUGGCAUGCUCAACGCAAUGACAGGGGAAGAUGGUCCUCUGCAAGCAGGAGCUUUGCCCAGUGUGAAAGCCCAGUCCAUUGAAGGCGUCCAGAAAGUGAUGAAAGCCUUGGAUGACGACAAGAAUCAAGUCACGAAGGCACCAAAGAAAAAGAAGGAGAAAGGCGAAGAAGCCGAAUCAGUUGAACCAAAGACUAUCUUGCAGUCUGGAACUGAAGCACUGCAAGUUGUCCUUGACAAGGCGCAGAAGGCACGUACCAGGUCAAUUCAGCUCGAUGGCAUGGAGUUUGCCAAAGAGUUGCCCCAGCAAAUGUUGAAACAUGCUACCGAAAUGGAGACCCUCUAUGGCCAGCUCAAAACGUUUGUGACAGCCGAUCCAACCGAUGAAAAUAAAAUCAAAGAUGCUCUCGACCUCUUGGAAAAGAAGAACACGUGGUUUGAGAAAGCAGAGGCAUCUGCUUCGGGAAUCUUGAAAGGAGGCACGGGAGCCAGCAAACCGAAGCGCAAGGCGAAGGCCAAGGUGCCUGGAGAAACAGAUCCUCAGCAGACCGAUGCGUAUGUGCUACUGCCCCAUGAGGUCCGUGCAGAUGUCAACAGGCAGAUUGCCAACCUCAUGGCAUGGUCUUUGCAUUAUGCGGCCUUGGGUGUGUUGACCUACAUGGCUUUCAAGGCAGACCUGAAAGCACGCAUGCAGUGUCAUGAGCUAGAAGCUUACUACAGGUUUAUCUCAAUUUACCGCAUUGAUAUCCGAUGCCCAUACAUGGGACAAGUGUCCAAGGAUGACCGGAUCUUGCAGCUCACGAAUCUCUGCGCCCACUCCUUGGCAAAGGCGAUUGAAUUGAUGGACCGGGCUGGUCUGAUUCUUUCGGUGGAUGAAGCACAUGUUGUUCUAGCAGAAAGACUGCAAAGGCUCAGUGGCGUGGAAUCGGAACUCUACAAAAGUAACUGGAUCUUCAGAAGGAAGGAGUCCACCAUGUACUAUGACAUGCGAUCAUAUGCCAAGCAAAUUGUACCAUUUUACUGUGAUCUUUGUGGGGUAUCGGAAGAAUAUCUCAAACCCGUUCCUUCCCCAGCACUUCCAGAGUCAAGUAUGCAAGAUGAAGAAGCAGAGAAGCAAGGUGAGUUGCAUCGUGGUGCUGCCAAGGCAUCAAUGCGCUUGCUUUGGUUGAGUCGCCUCAGUCGACCCGACCUGUCGUUCAUCAUAG